AUGACAACCAAGAACAUUGUCCCAGCCUCAAAGCCAGUGACCUACGUUCUGCUCCAGACGUCUUCAGAAGGCCCCAAAGCCACCAACAAAUCCUCCAAGACCAACAAGUCCAAGGGGUCCUUCCUCAAGACACAGGACUCGGUCAGAAAACUGUCCAAGCAGCUCCCAGGGAACUGUGAGUACUACUUUCCUGAGGCUAAAAACUUGUACUGCCUAGACCUGUGUCCCUUUGUAGCAGGGAAGAUUCUGGACCCAGAGCCGCAGUCACAUGUCCCUAUCCCCGCGGCCACAGAAACCUAUAUCCCUGAAAAUCCCACAGCUAGGCUUCAACUGAUGGAUCAGGCAUAUGGGUUCAGAAAGAACAUCAACCCAGUCCUGUACCCUCCUAGGAAUUCACCCACUGUAUCAGCCAUGAAGACACCCUCUGCAGAUGCCAUGAAGGUAUCCUCUGCAUCAGUCAUGAAGGCACCCUCUGCAGAUGUCAUGAAGGUACCCUCUAUCGUAGUUAUGAAGCCACCCUCUACAGAUGUCAUGGAUAUAUCCUCUACAGAAAUUGUAAAGGCACCCCCUUUAGUGGCCUCAAAACAACUCUUUGCAGGGGUGACAAAGCCAAGGACCAAGAACCAACCUAAGAAUCAAAAGAAGCAAGACAAGGAAAAACAUUUACUCUCUCUUGACCUGGUGCUUGUCAGCCGAAACCAGUUGACUCCAGCCAUCCAGCAUUUACCUAUUCCAGAGGCCACGAAGGUCAUAAUAUCAGAAACCCGUGUAAUUUAUUGA